AUGCUGCAGAUUCGGUUUGGGGUGGUGCACUUUGUCCUGGCGCUUACUCUGCUGCGGUGGCACACCGGCACUGCUGUCCUCGCUGAGGCAGCUCCACAGCCCUUUGACUCUUCCAUAGUAGUAGGCAUGGAAGCACAUUCCACAUCCAGCGAAGAGAAGUCAGCCACUGACCUGGCAGCUAAGCUGCUGCUUCUUGAUGAGCUAGUGUCUCUUGAAAAUGACGUGAUUGAGACCAAGAAGAAAAGAAGUUUCCCAGGAUUUGGGUCUCCUCUCGACAGGCUUUCUGCUAGCUCGGUAGAUCUGAAAGGCAAGCAGAGGAAGGUGGUGGAGUUGCCCAAGCGACGAUUUGGAAUUCCUCUAGACCGAAUCGGAACGAACCGUCUCGCCAGCACCAGGGGUUAG